GCAAGGCAGGAGCGCGACCGCUGGCGGGACCCCAGAACCUGAGAUGCCUGGUGAUUUCCUGGCUACUGAGAUAUUUUGAAUGUUGAAAUUUUCUUUCUAACAAUGAAUGGUUCACAAUCAUCAUCCUUGGCUGGAAUUUCUAAUACUUCUUGUGGUGGAGAAAAAGGCUUCAAUGUAUUCUUUUCUGUCAUCUUCAUGACUGCUGGGAUUUUAUCUAACAGCCUUGCAAUAGCAAUUCUCAUGAAAGCAUAUACGAGGUUUAGGCAGAAAUCAAAAGCAUUGUUUUUGUUUUUUGCCAGUAGCUUGGUUAUCACAGACAUGUUGGGCCAUCUCAUUGUUGGAACUAUUGCAGUAUUUGUAUAUGCAAAUGAUAAAAAAUGGGAACAAUUUGAUCCAUCAGAGAUAUUUUGCAAUUUUUUUGGUAAUUGCAUGGUGUUUUUUGGACUUUAUCCUCUUUUUCUGGGCAGUGUGAUGGCUGUGGAACGCUGCAUUGGAGUGACAAAACCAAUAUUUCAUUCAACAAAAGUGACUUUUAACCAUGUAAAAAUGAUAUUAACUAUGGUGUGUCUUUUUGCUAUCUUCAUAGCCUUGCUGCCCAUACUGACGUCAAAGUAUACAAUUCAAGCAUCAAGAACCUGGUGCUUCUAUCGAACAUGGGGUAUUGAAAAUUGGGAAGAUAGAUUUUACCUCUUACUUUUUUCAUGUUUGGGUUUGCUGGCCCUUGUUAUUUCCCUUUUGUGCAACGCCGUGACAGGAAUUACACUUAUAAGAGUCAAAUUUAAGAGUCAACAUAGACAGGGCAGAUCUCAUCAUUUUGAAAUGAUCAUUCAACUCUUGGGUAUAAUGUUUGUCUCUUGCAUUUGCUGGACUCCUUUCCUGGUAAUCAUGGCCAUUAUUGGAAUAAAUGGAAAUAUCUCCCAUAAAACAGUACCCUGUGAAACUAUAAUUUUUGCUCUUCGAAUGGCAACGUGGAAUCAAAUAUUGGAUCCAUGGGUAUAUAUUCUUUUAAGAAAAGCUGUUCUUAAAAAAUUGUAUGAGAUUACUAGGAGAUUUUGUGGAGUACGUCUCAUUAAUUUGUCUACAUGGGAACUCAGUUCCAUUAAAAAUUCUUUAAAAGUGGCAUCAAUUUCCGAUUCACCAAUUAGUUCCAAGAUGACAAACCAACAACUCAGUACAAGAGUACCAUAAAGUGAAGCACAGAAAAUGAUGGAAGUAAAGGUUUAUGAUAGUUGUGCACAUUGAAACAUGAGAAGUGGCUUCAAUUAUAGAUAUGUUUCCAUCUGGAAUUGCUACUACAAGAUAUUUGCCUUAUGAAUAUAAAGAAUCCUUUUUAUUGGACAUGCCCAGCCACAUCUAGUGCCAAAUACAGGUAG